CGGAGGGCCUUCUGAGUUCUAACUAACUUAGCACUCAAGCUCUUCGACUCAACAUCACUGCCCUCAUAUCUCCAAUGCUCGCCCGCGCACCACACUCCUUGCGUGCACAAGUCGCGCGCACUCGCGUUGCCUCUCCUGCACGCUUUGUGCAUGGUCACGGGGAAUAUCAUCACUUGCCAUUCCAGUGGCCUGGAAAGAAACGAUUGGCGUUCGGUAUCAAGCUCACUGCUUUCCUGACAGUAGGAUUCAGCAUUCCUUUCGCGGCUGCUAAAUUUCAAUUGAACAAGUCUGGUGCAGCAUAGACGUGUGUAGGGCAUUCGAUACACAACACAGCGUUUGCGUCUUGUCAC